AUGGUGGCCGUCAAAGAUGGGCUGUCUGCGCGCGAGCGCAUGGUCCUUACCGUCAACGAGAUUAUUCAAAACCUGAUCCAGGCGCACAAGACGGGCAAGGACAUCGAUUUGAAUAGGCUGAAGUGCCUGCUCUCGCAAAAGCACGGCCUCAGCUCGCAACCCAAGCUCGUCGACAUCAUCGCCGGCGUGCCUCAAGAUUAUAAGGAAGCCCUGCUGCCCAAGCUGAAAGCCAAGCCCGUUCGCACCGCUUCCGGCAUCGCCGUCGUGGCCGUGAUGAGCAAGCCGCACCGGUGUCCGCAUAUCAAUUUUACAGGAAACAUUUGCGUGUACUGCCCGGGCGGCCCGGACUCGGAUUUCGAGUACAGCACACAGAGCUACACCGGAUAUGAGCCGACGAGUAUGCGAGCCAUCAGGGCAAGAUACAAUCCCUACCUCCAGACGAGGGGCAGAAUAACGCAGUUGGCCGCCCUGGGGCACUCGAUCGAUAAGGUUGAAUUUAUCGUGAUGGGCGGCACGUUUAUGUCGUUGCCGGAUGAUUAUCGGGACUAUUUCAUCCGAAAUCUACACGACGCGCUGAGCGGACACACGAGCAGCAGUGUAGCCGAGGCUGUUGCCUACAGCGAGCGCAGCAAGAUCAAAUGUAUUGGGAUCACCAUCGAGACACGGCCCGACUACUGCUUGCCCAGGCAUUUAAACGACAUGCUAAACUACGGAUGCACGCGGCUCGAGAUCGGCGUACAGUCGACGUACGAGGACGUGGCCCGGGACACGAACCGCGGGCAUACAGUGAAAUCGGUGUGCGAGACGUUCCACAUGGCCAAAGACACCGGAUAUAAAGUGGUGAUCCACAUGAUGCCCGAUUUGCCGAACGUCGGCCUCGAGCGCGACAUCGAGCAGUUCGUGGAACUGUUCGAGAACCCGGCAUUCCGCCCCGACGGCCUCAAGCUCUACCCGACGCUCGUCAUCCGCGGCACCGGCUUGUACGAGCUGUGGCGAAGUCAGCGUUAUAAGAGCUACCCGCCAUCCGUGCUGGUCGAGCUGGUCGCCCGUAUUUUGGCAUUGGUUCCGCCCUGGACGCGCGUCUACCGAGUGCAAAGAGACAUUCCGAUGCCGUUGGUCUCUUCCGGCGUUGAACACGGAAAUCUUCGGGAGCACGCCCUCGCCCGUAUGAAGCAGAUGGGGACGACGUGCCGCGACGUACGCACGCGCGAAGUCGGCAUCCAGGAGAUCCACAACAAGAUCCGCCCCUACAACGUCGAGCUGAUCCGACGGGACUACGUGGCGAACGGGGGAUGGGAGACGUUCCUCUCCUACGAGGACCCCGACCAGGAUAUUCUCAUCGGGCUGCUCCGCCUCAGGAAAGUCACCGACAAGGUGCAUCGCGAGGAGUUGAUGGGCAACGUCUCCGUAGUGCGCGAGCUGCACGUGUAUGGCAGCGUCGUGUCAGUGUCCGAUCGGGAUCCGCGGAAGUUUCAACAUCAGGGAUUCGGCCAACUACUGAUGGAGGAGGCCGAGCGGAUCGCGAGCGAGGAGCACGGCUCCAACAAGGUGGUCGUCAUCUCCGGUGUGGGCACACGCGGUUAUUACAGCAAGCUCGGCUACACCCUCGACGGGCCCUACAUGAGCAAGUGGCUUAGCAGAGAAGAAGCA